UGAUUGGCUGGACUGUUACAAGCGUUAUGUCGUCUGGGAGUUGUAGUUCUUUUGGUUGAUAGGCGACGCCAAUUAGGGCUAGUGGUUGGAUGGAGACUGUUAGCGCUGAUUUUGCUUGGUUGUAGCCUCCCAAAUCAUGUCCCGUGUGCUGGUGCCCUGUCAUGUGAAAAGUACCGUAGCCCUGCAAGUGGGCGACAUGAGGACCUCUCAAGGUCGGCCUGGCGUGCUGGUCGUCGAUGUCACUUUUCCCAACAUCGCGCCUUUCGAGCUGCAGGAGAUCAUGUUUAAGAAUUACUACACGGCUUUUCUGAGUAUCCGCGUUCGUCAACAAACCUCCCUGAAUACACCAACCAAGUGGGUAACAUGUCUGCGCGAUUACUGUUUGAUGCCUGACCCACACAGUGAGGAGGGGGCCCAGGACUAUGUCUCGCUGUUCAAGCACCAGAUGCUGUGUGACAUGAACAGAGUGCUGGAGCUGCGCCUGAUUCUACGGCAGCCAUCACCACUAUGGCUGUCUUUCACAGUGGAGGAACUCCAGAUCUGCCAGCAGGGACCAAAGAGCCCCUCCUUGGCAUUCCCCAAGUGGCUUUCCCACCCAGUGUCCAAUGAGCAGCCUGCUCCCCACCUUGAGCAGGGUCUCCCAGACCCCAGUAGAGUGUCCUCCGAGGUGCAGCAGAUGUGGGCAUUGACAGAGAUGAUUCGGGCUAGUCAUACUUCCACGAGGAUCGGCCGCUUCGACGUGGAUGGCUGUUAUGAUCUGAAUCUACUCUCCUACACAUGAGCUUCAGCUUCCCCUGGAGACACUGGCCUCCUGUGCCCGUCUAGGCGGGGUUUGGCCGCCAGAGGCUGAAGCAUGCUCCCUGUGCAUCCAAGUUGUCCUUGGGCAAAAUCUACAGAUUGGGAAUUCUUGACACCCAUCCAGUUGUUCUAGAGUGAAUUCCCAAUGGGGGCACUUCUGUCUCUGACUGUCUGACAUGUAAAUUUAGUCUCUUCCUCUCAGAAUUCACCGGUUCUCAUUAGAAUCCUUGAGCUCCUCUUGCUUGUCCUGCCGAUACGCACACCCCAGUCUGCUACUGCUUCCCCCCAUUGCUGAGAUCAGCCUGUCACAGGUAGCGAGGAAGCCACUGCUCUUUUUGACACUCAGGACCUGUGAAGCUUGAGGAAGACACACUCUCUAUUCAUUCCUCUGCUUCUGCUAGCAGCCCUUUGUCCUUUUGUAUUAUAUAUAUAUCCAUGAAAAGAAAAUGUCCUAGAGCCAGGCAUGGCACACACCUUUCAUCUUAGCAUUCUGUGAGUUCAAGACCAGCCUGGUCUACACACUGAAUCCUAGGCCGAUCAGGGCUACAUAGUGAGACUCCAUAUUAAGAAAGGAAGAAAGAAAGAAAGAAAAGAAAGGAAGGAAGAAAAGAAAGGAAGGAUGGAAGGAAGAAAGAGAAGGAAGGAAGGAAAGAAAGAAAGAAAAUAGCCCCCUUUGAAACCGUCUGCUCUCGGCCUAGGAGGUGAAGAUGAGACUUCUGGGAGCUUGAGCGCUUAAGUCCCUAAGCUCGCCCCUGAAAAGUAUUCUGUGUCAGUUUUGGGUAGGUGCUGUUGGCACGGCUGGGGCUGGAGAACGAGUCCUCCCUCUGGCCUAUUCGUCAUCAGACUCCGCAUGAAGUACAUCCAUGAUCCCUGUCCCUUCUCUCAGUUGCUUCUGACCAUCAUGCUUAGGCUGAUGAGAGAGCACCCUGGGGGAGUGUGUCCGAGCCAAUAUAUCACUGAUAACUCACUGAGAUUGAGGCCUUCCGUUACCCCAGAGCAACUACUAAGUGGAGAAGACUGCCGCUCUUUCCUGUGAUCAAAUUCUCUUUCCCUCUAGUUCUUCCUGGCUUGUUCCCUGGGAAGUAUUAUUAAGCCUCGCUGCAAGAAACUGGAAAGUUGGACAUGAGCAUGUGGAACAGUUUUCUGGGAAAGUCUGGCCACCUUUGGUAGCUACUCUGCAUUGCUGCAGUCAGCCCUCUUGAAGGCCCUGUCUUCACCCACAGGAUCAUAGUUUAAGCCCCACUGAAGGGAUGACUACCAUAGUCCUGUGUUCAGGGAGUACUGGUCCUCAGUACACAUGAGUAAAGAGGACUAUUCACAGCUGUGUUUCUAAGUUCCCAAAACUAGAGCUGGUAGGACAGCAAGAUCAAUAAAUACUUGUGGAAUA